AUGGCGGCUCGUCUGCUCGAGCCCACGCACAGCAGCGCCGCAGGCCUGAUGCCUACUGUGCUCAUCAUAUCAGGCUUUCCGUGGUACACGAGUGAGCUGGCGGUGCACCGCUACCUCACGGAUGUCUACCCGGCUGCGGAGCCGGUGACCACGCGGCUCUACACGAACCCCACGAAUGGCGCGAGCAGAGGGCAUUGCUUUGUGGAGUACAACCUGCCACCCUCCUCCGCGGCGCCGUGCACCUCUGCCGUCGCAGCAGCCAUAGCGGGCGGCUCAACUGCGCAGGGGAGCAGCGGCGGCGGUGGCGCGGUGGACGCGCUACUGCCACCUGUUCUCCGUGAAGUGAAGCGGCGCGUUGAGGACCACCCGUACGAAUGCAUGUACUUGAAAGUGCACGCCUACGUCCUGACAUCGCAGCGGUGGAGCCGCGCCGGUCGACUCCCGGAGUUGCCCACCGACCCCCCGGCAGCUCUCUGGCGUGGCAGGGCCGGCGUCCUCGUCGGCUAUGGCGAUGAAGGCUUCUCGGUGCGUGUCGGGCGGGAGCUAGGCCUGCCGAACACGGUGACCGCUGACGGGAAGCUCCAGCUGGAGCGGCUGCGCAAGCGCCUGCGCACCACGUCCGCUCGGCGUGCGUCGGGCCACCUCUCCGCGGCGUAG